CUUCCCAAUAAGGAGUCAGUGUGCGGAGAUGUCACUGAUGAGCCCGGUGACCAGGCUUUGUCACCCAUAUAAGCCCAGCCCUUCUAUUGUCAUCCCACUGCCUGUCCCAGGAUCUCCACACUCCUCUGCUCUCCUCCGCUCUCCUCCACACUCCUCCAGACUCUUCCACACUCCUCCAGACUCCACCACACUCCUCCACACUCCUCCAGACUCCACCACACUCCACCAUGGAUGACAUCUACAAAGCAGCGGUGGAACAACUGACAGAAGAACAGAAAAACGAAUUCAGGGCGGCGUUUGACAUUUUCGUACAAGAUGCGGAGGACGGCUGCAUCAGUACAAAGGAGCUGGGGAAAGUCAUGAGGAUGCUGGGCCAGAACCCCACCCCCGAGGAGCUGCAGGAGAUGAUCGAUGAGGUGGAUGAGGACGGGAGCGGCACGGUGGACUUCGAUGAGUUCCUGGUGAUGAUGGUGCGAUGUAUGAAGGACGACAGUAAAGGGAAAUCCGAGGAAGAAUUAUCCGACCUCUUCCGGAUGUUUGACAAGAACGCGGACGGGUACAUCGAUCUGGAGGAGCUGAAGAUGAUGUUGGAGGCCACGGGGGAAACCAUCACCGAGGACGACAUUGAAGAACUGAUGAGAGACGGCGACAAAAACAAUGACGGCAGAAUCGAUUACGAUGAAUUCUUGGAGUUCAUGAAGGGCGUGGAAUAGAAGAAGUCGCCCCGAAUCAUCCUACAGAUCCCGAUAUGUAUUUGAAGUAAAACCCAUGAAGAACUCCUCCCCCCCCCCAACUCAGCUGCCCCAUGUGACCCCUCCCCCAACUCCUCCUGUGAAUUUCUCUGUCUCUGUAAAAUAUUGAUGUUUUUUGUGGUGCAAUAAAGUUAUUUACUAUUGAUUGUU